GUAAAUUAUGGGGCGGUGAGUAAACUCAAAGGUGGGUUGACGGCUGGCUCUUUCUGUCGUGAUGUCUAAGUGGCUGAAGAAAGAACAGGUGUUGGUGGGGAAGGGCAGUGGCGAGUCAUCUCCAUGCACCCCCAGGCAGAGAGGAGCCCUGGCUGGAAGUCCAAGGUCUGGCCAAGGCCGAGGACUUAUUACAUCACCCAGAGAGGGGCCGUUGGGACUGGUUCAACCACAAACCAUGGGAGAAGCCAGGGAGCUGUUUGUUCUGUGUGAUAAAGAAGGAAAAGGAUUCAUUACCAAGAGAGACAUGCAGACACUACAAGGGGAGAUGCCGCUUUCACCUGAUCAGCUGGAGUCGGUGUUCGAGAGUCUUGACAGAGAAAACAAUGGUUUCCUCACUCCUGUCGAGUUUAGCAUGGGCCUUGGUGAGUUGAUGGGUGAAGAGAAUGUUAAAGACAAAUUCCACGAAGAGGAAGAAAAGGAGACCAUGGAGGAGGAGGCAGGGGUGGAAGAUGUGGAUCCAGGGGGCCUCAGAUUCACCCAGACGCUAUCAGAGUUAGGAGCUGAUAAACUAUUCAAAGAUCAGCAGGAGUUGAGCACUCUAUGGUGUGACCUCCAGCGAGAGAGGCCAGACCUGCUGAACAUUCUAGAAGAUGUUCUGGUCCACACCCUGUCCCAACUGCAGGACUCUCUCAAGGAGAGGGACAGUCUGGAGCAGGCACUGCGCAGACGGGAGAGUGAACAUGACAUGGUUGUUAGAUCAAUGUAUGAGGAGAUGGAGAGUCAGGUCCGAGAGGAGAGAGAGAAACGGUUAGCCCAGGACAGUAUUAGACAGUGGGACAGAAGACAACAGCUACAGGAGGAGCUGAAAGCCCGGGAGCUAGAGCUGGAGAGCACACUUGCCAAGAUGAGAGAGCUGGAGACGAGGGUCCAGCUGCUAAGCGGUGAGCAUGGGGACAUCAGGGUACACAAUCAGCAGCUGCAGAACCUCAACCUGCAGCUACAGGAGCAGCUGGAGGCCAGUAGGGAACAGCUGCAGAGGGCCCUGGACCAGCUCAACUCCAUCCAGGCCAACACUGCCCAGGAACACAUAAGCAGACAAAUAAAUGUGAUGAAAGUGUCCAAGAACAUGCAGAAGGAGAAAGACAGCUUGACGAGACAACUGGAGCUACUGAGAGAUAUGAACCAAAGGCUGCGGGAUGAGAAAGAUGCACAUCAGUCCCAGAAGAGGAUUCCUAAUAUCAGAAAGCGCUUGCAGAAGAAAGGCUCAAUAAUAGGUAACUACUUACAAGAAGACAAGCCAUUUAAAAGACUGCUCAGUUCAUCCAGUCAGUCGGACAAGGACACAGGUGACAUGCCAAACACAUCCAAGAGAAGACUACCAACUUGCGAUAUAACCAAUAGCUGUCACAAUGAUGUGCAGACUGGUGAAUUGCAGGCCAGAGUCACCUGCCCUCAGCGAGUAUUUAAGGUGGUCUUCUUGGGUAACUCAGGAGUGGGAAAGAGCUCUUUCAUCCAACAUUACUGUACAGGACAAUUCUCCAACACAAUGAGAGCUACUGUUGGGUUAGACUUCCAAAUGAAGAGUGUGACUCUCGGUCCGUCCAGCAUCGUCCUCCAGCUGUGGGACACCGCGGGACAGGAGAGGUUCCGUAGCAUCACCCAGCAGUAUUACCGCAGGGCUGAUGGAAUCCUCGCCAUGUAUGACAUAACUCACUUUCCCUCUUUUACGGCUGUCAGAGGGUGGCUGGACGAGGUGCAGGAGAAGAAGUCAGAGGGGGCUGUUGUGAUGCUGCUGGGGAACAAACUGGACACAGCAGAUGCUCAAAAGAGAGAGGUUAGCACCAGAGAAGGCCGGCGAUUGGCGGAGCAGUAUCAGGCAGUCUUCUAUGAGUGUAGUGGCAGGAGUGGCUACAACAUGGAGGAGCUUAUGACCCAGCUGGCUGGGUUGUUGGCUACCCAGCAGGAUCGACAGUGUCAGGACACGCUUCUGCUGAUAGACCCCUCAACCAGCAGGGGGGGCUGCUGUCAAUAAGAAACUCUAACUUUAUUAUUUUCAUAUGGACUUUUCAUAUUUAUAUAAAUGCAGACACUACAGGUUAGGUUCAUAUCUUAAUACCCACUUAUUAUCCAUAGCCUAUUAGGCUAUGUAAGUACAGCAAUGUUAUCAUAUCUGCAUAUAUAGGGGAGUCAGUUGGCUGAGCGGUUAGGGAGUCGGGCUAGUAAUCAGAAGGUUGCCGGUUCGAUUCCUGGCCGUGCA